UCCGAAAGGAGGGCGGGGCAGGGCUAUAUAACACUGUCUAGUUGAUCCAGUAGAUCCAGCUAUAUAACACUGUCUAGUAGAUCCAGUAGAUCCAGCUAUGUAACACUGUCUUGUAGGUCAAGUAGAUCCAGCUGUAUAACACUCUCUCUCUCGCUGUUUUCUCUGUGUGUCGUCUGUCUGUCUGGUCUGGUCUUGUCUAGGUAUGAUGACCUGAUGAGGAAUCUGCCCCUGCCUGAGUAUUGUGACCCUGAAGGGAACCUCAACCUGGCCUCUCAUCUACCCAGCUUCUUCGUACGCCCAGACCUCGGACCACGCCUCUGCUGUGCUUAUGGAGUGGUAGCGUCUCAGGAGCAGGACUUUGGGACAGCUAACCUUCACAGGGAGGUCUCUGACAUCGUCUCUGUCCUGGUGUAUGUAGGGGUGGCCAAGGGGAACGGAGUCCUGUCCAAGACGGGUAAGAAGCGAACCAACACUGAACCAUGGGCUGUGCUCUAUAUAGUCAAUAGAUAACCAACACUGGGCUGU